AUGUGUCCGAGUAAAAGACUAUUGAAAGAAUCGGUAGAGCAUGCUGGAGAAAGAAUCUCCAAAGCUCAGUUUAAUGAAUAUAUAAGGAGGAGAGGAACUUUCGUCAAUGCUAACGUGGCCAAUGACAAAUUUAUGCGGAUGCUUCAAGGAACAUACGGAAUAGAUUUGCAGAAGCUGACCGUUAGACCAGAGUUGGAUACAGGUGAUGAAGACGAUGUGGAAGGAUCUCGACGAAGGUUGCCUUUCAUCAAAAAGGAGCAUUUCGUAAACUAUAAUCUCUUUCGGAAAAGAUAUUGGGAUCAUUUCGAUCAUGAUAGUAAACGAAACUUGGACUGCGGACUAGUUUACUCCGAGUUUGCUGUCAUCAAAGGCACGGAUCCAGUGGGUCAUUUAUCAAGAGAAGAGUAUCAAGCUAUUAGCACUAAAAAUUAUCCAGCAUCCGUAAUCAGGACAUUGGCUAUUUUGCGUUGUGCCAGAAAGGCAGCACUUGGCGGCCCACACAUUCAUGAAGUAUACAUUGAUGAAUGUCAAGACAAUAAUAUUUCCGAUUUUGCGCUUAUUUUAGAAAUCUUCGAUUGUGUCGACAGAAUUUUUUUGGCUGGAGAUAUAGCACAAUGUAUUGCCGCAGGAUCUUCAUUCCGCUUUCAGGCAUCGAUUGUUGACAUCACACACCAUUUUUUCCCUGAUUGUAUCGAUAGUUUGAAACCUGAGACUAGCGAAGUUGGUGGUCCGCGCCCCGUAGUUUUCGGCGACUUUCGGGCUAAAGCUUAUUUCGAUGGCUUGUCCACGAACGAGGAACAAAUUCGCGAUGCGGGAUUGGUAAUGACAAUAUUCGAAACAAAAGGCAUGGGCGAUGUGCUUUUAUUUAAUUUCUUCACUGAUUUAUCGAG